AUUUGCUGCAAAAGGGACCGGACGCGAUGGAGGUGAGGCACGACGACAAGACGCCGAAGGAGCUCGCCAAGGGAAUCUACGAGUCCCUGACCAAGGAGCUGCGCGCGUCGAAGCAGGCUGCGCGCGUCUCGAGGGUCGGCUUGAGGCCGCUGAGAGAGACCAACGUGUACGGUUCCGACAUGGAGGAGCGCCUGGGCUGGUACGACUCGCCCGAGACGGAAGCGCUGCUGCGACACAUCGACGACGUCAAGGAGCGGCAGCAACACACGCAGCUGUGCUUCGAGGACAUGGUGGAGCACCGGCGCAAGUCGGCGCGGAUGGAGCGAAUCGCCAGGCUCGAAGCGGAGAAACCGCCGAGCCCGGAGCCGGAAGAAUCGCCGGAGGAGAUUGCCGCUCGAGAGGAAAAGGAGAAGAAGGAGAAGCUCAGCGCGGCGAGGAAGCGCGCGGUGGAGCGGCUCAGCGCCGCGGGCAUAGACGCCAAGAGCGGUAAGACGCGCGUCCUCACCCUGAACGAGGUUCUCCGGAAGAUGCACGACGGGUUACCGCCGCCGUCGAAGACUUCGGAUGAAAUCACCCGGGGCCCGGAUGCGAUCGACGUCGUCCUCGCGAACAUGGCGAGCAAGACGCAGUGUCGCAAGCACAGGUGGGACACCACGCACGAGGGUUGGAACGUCUUCCAGCUCGCCGCCAGGGAAGGCCUCGGCGACGCGCUCGAUAAUCUGCACUCGAACUGCGUCGAUCGGUCGUCCGUGUUUGGCUACGGGAAGAAAGUCGCGCCGGCGGAGACGGCGGUGUCGUGGGAGUUUCUGGUCGAGUCGGUGGCGCCGGACGGGCGAAACAUGAUCCACCUCAUCGCCGCGGGAUGGAAUCACCUGCGAGACAGGGACCUGACGGAGGCGACGUCGUUCGCCAAGGCGCUGGCGUCGCGGAUGACCGUCGCGCAGCUGCACGUGUCUGACGGCGGCGGCACGUGUCUGCACGCGCUCGCCGCGGCGGGUGCUAACACCCGUAACCUGCUCAAGUACGUCCUGGACAGGGGCGGGAAAGAGAUGCUGGAGAUGACGAACGCGCGCGGGGAGACGCCAGUGCAAUGCGCGAGGGCGGCGCUCGAGGCGUUGAAAGCGGAGGACGCAGCCGCCGACGCGAGACUGGCGAAGAUCCUUCCCCCACACGUCACCGAGGAUCCCGCGGAGGUGGAGGACAUCAAGCGUCGGUUGAUGGCCAAGUUCCAUCGCAAGAAGCAGGGGCUGGCGUCGUGCAUCGAGGAGCUGGAGCUGGCGGCGAAGGCGAGCGGCGCGGUGAGUUCCCCACCGGCGGCGACAGGGAGGUCGGAGAGGCGCAAAGCGCCUUCAGCGCAGAAGCCGGCUCCCGAGCCCGAGCCGGAGCCUGAAGGCGACAAAGCCGGCGAGGAGGAUGUCGAAGGAGAGGAGCCCGACUUUGGCGGCGCGGAGGAGUAGCUCGGCGUGUUGUGAUUGAAGCGCGAUGCGAACG